CAUGAACACCUCCAAAACCUCCCCGAAUCCGCAACCACUCCGGUCCAUCCAGGAACAACGUUUGCACCAUCGUCAUCCCUUCCAAUCGAAUCUUCUGCUUGUGAACUCUGCCUUCCAUUACAAGCGCCGGCCGGGAAUCGUAACGUACACCGACGUGAAAAGAACAAUCGAAAUCUUUACCAUAGAAACCCUCGCACAAGACAAAAAAGACCAAGAACAUGUCCACCCUGAACCAGCUUUACCUGCUCGCCGACCACGUCAAGCUCUCCCUCCUGGAGCGCCAGCGCGCCCUGUCGCUCAACCUCGACGCCGACACCCAGGACGGGCACAUCUCCCGCUCGCUCGAUCAGUUCAAAGAUGGCUUGGAAGCAUUAGACGCCGAGGCCAAGCGCCUGCAGGGUGCUGGUGAUGAGAGCGCCGCCCUGAACAUCACCGACUCCAUCCCCGCCCUACAGAAGCAGUUCUCAGACCUGACCUCCCAAUUCCACGGAUUCUCAAACCCAUCAACCUCCUCCACCACAACAUCACCAAACGACCCCUCCCUCGCCACCGACUUUGACGCCGCCCAGUCCACGAAACCCCUCAAAGGCUCCCUCCGCGGCCUCCCCGGCGGCGCCGCAGCAAACAACAGCAAAACCGUCCGCUUCACCGAUUCCCCCGGCGCCGCGGCAGCAGCAGCAGCCGCCGCCGAAGAAGACGCCGCCGCCGUCGCCGCACUCUUCGGCCCGGGACGAUACCGCGAUGACCCCGCCGACACGGCGGGUUACCGCGACCAGGCCGAGGGCAUAGAUAACCAGCAGAUCCACGCGUACCACUCGCAAAUCAUGCGCGACCAGGACGACCACCUGGACCGGCUCGGCGAGUCGAUUGGGCGGCAGAGGGAGCUGAGCAUGCAGAUUGGCGACGAGCUCGACUCGCACGUCGCCAUGUUGGAUGAGGUGGACGAGGUUGUGGAUCGGCACCAGGGCCGGCUUGACCGGGCGCGCCGGUCGCUGGGAAAGGUUGCGAGGGACGCUGGGGAGAAUAAGCAGAUGAUGACUAUUGUUGUGCUUAUUAUCAUUCUUGUUUUGUUGAUUGCGAUUCUGAAAUGAUGCGCUUGGGGAUGGAAGAGGGGGAAAGAGAGUAGCGGCAGCGGAUGGUUGUAGUCAUGGACGGCUAACGUCUCGUUGAUUUUUGUUUCGUUGGGGUAUCCUCUUUGGUUUGAGACCCGCGCCCAUGAAAAAGAGAGGCGCGGGAGACAUAGGUACUUGUUUGAAGUCUUUCAAGUAUAAGGCGCAUAGCAUGGUUUGGCGUUUCAGGAGUUUUCUAUCAAUCAGAUUCGAUUUCUUCGUCUGUUCUAGCAGUCAUUUUCUCGAUGCCUCUCUCGAUGUUUACUUCAAACCGGCUUGUGACUAAGGCCUAUGCGAAUCUAGGGCGGAGAGAGAGAGAGAGAGAGAG